AUGGCUUUCUUGAAACCUCUUCCGAUAUUAAACUUCACAGGAACUUGGGUGAUGGAAAAAGCUCUAUCAAAUGGCAUCGAAUCCUUGAUGAAACUUCAAUGUCUAAACUGGGCCAUCCGCCGAGCGUUUCGACACAUCAGGAUCACCUCCACAAUCACCGAAUACGCCAGCACCGCAGCGGAUGGCUCACCGCUGGCAUUACACCUUGACGUUGUACAUACGGUAACCGGGGGAUUUACCGGUACAACUGAGAAGAGGACACUCGACUGGAGUCCUUACGUCCACCAUGAUUAUGUUUUCGGGCCGUGUAGCCUUCGUAGUCGGCUUAUUGGAGGAAUAGAAGAUCGGGAUGGCCAUGUUCGACCUGCGCUUGACAUGGAGACAACGGACGUAAAUGGAAAGGUGUAUGAAUUUUUGAGAGGGGCAGUUUCUUCCAAGGGUGAGCGCGAGGAAGGCUUUGUGGUGGAGGAGACACCUCAAGAGUAUAUAGGAAGUACUCGGGGAGGAUGGUUGCAUACCGUCUCGCGCAGUGAAGAACGAGGAUGGACCAUGGAGCAGGUAUGGGGUUUUGAGAUGAUCCGCGGGGAUCGCUACCACACACGCCGGAUCGUUGUUAUUAACAAAUCUGGUGAUUAUGCUCUAGCCCGUGUGGUCUACAAAUAUCACAGUGAAACUCAACAGAUUUAG